UCCUGGAUUGAAAUCACUUAACUACCAUAAUGGCUGACCAAAGCGAGCUUGACCAAUUGGCCACUGCCGAGCUUCUGAGGCUCCAACGCCAACAUCGGGGUCUCCAACUGGACCUUCGAGGCCUCCUCGAGGAGAAGGCCAAGCGACUAAAGAAGCAAAACCACAUGAUUAACGUUCUGCAAGUGGAACACCAGAAGCUAAAGGACGAGAUAAAGACCCUUGAGGGAGGCACCCACGCCCGCAAGAACACAAAUAGGGAGAAGCACCUGGGAGCAUUGCAGGGACAACAGGCGGACCUUCAAAGAGUGCUCCAAAAUGAGCGCACCAAUCUUUGGGAGCUUGAGGGGCACAUCCGAAAAAUGGAGAAGGAGAUCGAUGCCCUGCGUCGCAAUGAAGUUCCAGACAACUGCUACAAGGACACCAUUUGCAAGGUCCAGAAGAGUGUGGUUAAAUUGGAGAAUCGCUUGGAUGUGGUAAACAAAAAGUGCAGCGAUGUCCUGACAGAAAACAGCAAGAUGCGUGACGCAAUUAACCACAUGCUGCAGGAUCGGGCAAACUUUAAUGACAUGUGGCAGCUGAUGGUCACUCAGUUCAACGAGGGAAAGAAGUUCAUUAUGGACCUUAUCGACCAGUCGACGCUGGCCUUUGACCAGCGGGAGGAACUCUGCAACAAGCUGUCCGUACUGAAGGACCGCAACGAGAACGACAAGGUGAUGCACAUCCAGGAGAUGCGCGAGAUGCAGCGUCGCCUGGAGCACGAUGCCAAGUUGCAGAAGUUCUUCGACAUAAAAGGCCAGAAGCGACUCAAUCCAGAGCUGGAACAGCGAGAGCUGGACAAAAAGCAGAGCCAGAAGGAGACCUACGAGCGGCAGCUCCUGGAAUACAAGGAGAUUAUCGAGAAGAUCAAGCUGCUCUACGGCGAGGAGGAUGCGGAGCGACUGGUGGCCCAGUUCAAGCGCCAGGAGGACGAAAACUUUGCCCUCUUCAAUUAUGUGAACGAACUGAGCCACGAGGUGGAGGUGUUGAACGAUUCCACACAAGAGCUCCAGGAUGAAAUUGAACGUCAGAAAUCGGAGCAGACAGAAAAGGAGUUGAAGCUCAAGACUGAGGCGCUGGACUAUUUGAAUGCCGAAAAGGAGCGGAUCGAGCAACUUGCUGAAGAGACUAGGGAAAAGAAGCGCACCCUGAUCAUCAGACUAGACCAGCUUCUCAAGGGCAUCGAGGAUAUAUUCAGACAACUAGCCUGCGACGAUGCCCCAAUCCUGAAUGUGCUUAGCACGAAGACUUUUUUAACGGUGCACAACGUGAAGCUAUUUAUUGGCGUUAUUGAGCGACGCGUCAAUCUAAUCAUCAGUGCCAUUAAUAUCGAGGAUAAUUCCAAUAAAAUACUGGCCAGAAAAGAUCGAGUUCCCAAGUUUAACAUACGGGAAUCGGCCAAGACUAAAACUUGA